AUGAUUGUCGUAGGAAUUGCUUCUACGUCAGCUCUGAUCGCUACGGUCGCAUGUCUUAUAUCAAUGGUUUUCAUUAUAAACGACAUCGAUGACCUACGGAAUGAAGUGCUCAACACGAUGGAUGAGUUCAAAGUGGUGGCCGAUAACACUUGGAACAACAUCAUCGCCUUACACCCACAUACCCCAAAAGAAAGCAGAAGGCCUGCAACUUUUGCUACGCUGAUCGGGCGCCAUAAACGAAAUUCCUUUGACGAGUGCAACUGCGCACCGAAAUCGGAUGGAUGCCCUCCUGGACCUCCGGGACCACCUGGACCACCGGGAAAGCCAGGAUUUGACGGUGAGAAUGGUAGCGAUGGUCGCCCUGGCGUAAAGGGAGUCGCCAUAGCCGUUACCCAUGAUAUCCCUGGUGGGUGUACCGUAUGUCCACGUGGACCACCAGGACUACCGGGUAGCCGAGGAAAUGCAGGACCCCCUGGUCGAGAUGGUGAACCUGGCUGUCCAGGACCACAAGGAGAAAUAGGAAAACCGGGCCCACCAGGCCCUCCUGGUGAAAAAGGAUUCAGCGGAGUACCAGGUUUUCCUGGAAAAGAUGGCUUCCCUGGUUCACCGGGUUGCCGUGGUGCGCCUGGACGACCUGGACCACGAGGAGAAAAAGGUCCACCAGGUUUUCCCGGAAAGGAUGGCGAAAUUGGUGAACCUGGUCCAAGAGGAGAAAUGGGACCUGUGGGACCUAGAGGACAUCGCGGCAAACCAGGACCGAAAGGACCACAAGGACCUCCUGGACCGCCAGCUCUUCCUGGUUUUCCUGGACACGACAAGGAGUACUGUCCAUGUCCGCCACGGCGCCGCAAAGCAGCAUAA